UUCUUUCGUCCUCUUCGCCCAUUUCCAUGCUUCUUCCAUCCGAGUCCCUAAGUCAACUGUUCUCAGCCUUCUAUAAAUACGCUUCUUUUCCUCUCUUAUCCCAAUCAAACUGCAUUUUCUUCAUUCCCUCUCUCUCUCUCUCUCUCCCAGCGUCUGUCUUUCUUUCAACGUUCGAAAGGUACAUAACUCUUUUUUUGUUUAACACAACAACAUAGUGAUAGCGUAAAGAAACUUCCAUCUUAACUUAAAUUACAGCUUCCUGAGUUCUUCUGUAAGGCAGGAUAAACAAUGACUGGGUUUUUCUCUUCAUCCAAACCUGCACAUUCUUCUCACAACUCUUCCUCUCCAUCCCCACCUCACACCUUCUCUGAAACUCUAAUGGAGGAUUCAUUAAAGAACGCUGAGGCCAUUAUUAAAAGAUGGGAUCUUGAUAAUGGCUCAUCUAACAGCUCUUACUGCACAAUAUCAAAUCUCUUUCGCGAUAAUCGAGCAGAGGCUAAGCAGUUUGUGGAUGCUGUAAUCGACUUACAGCAUGCUAUGCGAUUUGUUAUCAAGGAAAGUUCCAGCUCCCAACAGCUUGUUCGAGCUCAAAAACUCAUGCAAAUAGCCAUUAAGAGACUUGAGAAGGAGUUCCGCACCAUUUUGGCAGGAAAUCGCUACUUCUUAGACUCUGAAAGUACUGCCUCAAGAGAGUAUUCCAACCGGUCCAGUACUGGUUCAGAUGAAGAUCAAGCUUCUGAAGAUGAUAAUACUGUUGACAUUCAAGCUCGUUUUUCCGAGGUUUCAAUUACUGAAGAAGGUGAAAAGAUUUCUGUAACAGCGGAUCUGAGAGCAAUUGCUGAUUGUAUGAUUGAUGCUGGGUACGGAAAAGAGUGCGCCCAGAUUUACCAACUUAAUCGAAAAUCAGUCAUCGAUGAGACAUUGUAUUGUCUGGGAAUUGAAAGUUUUAAUAUUUCAGUUAUUCAGAAAAUGGAUUGGGAUGUUCUUGAGAAGAAAAUAAAAAGUUGGUUGAGUGCUGUUAAGGUUGCUGUUUGUACUCUCCUUUAUGGCGAGAGGAUUCUCUGUGACCAAGUCUUCGCCGUCUCCGACAACAUCAGAGAGUCUUGUUUCUCGGAGAUUGCUAAAGACAGUGCUCUGGCGCUGUUCACUUUCCCGGAGAUGGUGGCCAAGUACAAGAAAUUGUCUAUUGAGAAAAUGUUCCGUAUUCUCGACCUCUAUGACGUUAUUUCUGAACUCUGGAGUGAAAUCGAAUUGAUUUUCGGCUUUGACUCCACGGCGGUUGUCAGAUCCCAGGCGAUGAGCUCAAUGGAGAAGCUUCGCGAAGCUGCUCGAGCCAUCUUAUCGGAGUUUGAAUCGGCGAUUAAGAAAGAUUCUUCGAAAGUGGUGUCUGGUGGCGGAAUCCACCCGCUAACUCGCUACGUCAUGAACUACCUUGUUUUCCUCAGUGAUUACAGUGGGCCUAUCUCUGAAAUUGUCGCCGAUGUGCCGGUAUCGGUGAAGUCGCCGCUGCCGGAGUCUUACCUAUUGAGUCCAAUCGCCGACGAUGAGAACUCUCCUGCUUGCGCCGUUUCCGUACGGCUUGCUUGGCUUAUCCUCGUUCUCCUCUGCAAACUCGACGGCAAAGCAGGGUUCUACGGUGACGUGCCUUUAUCCUAUUUGUUCUUAGCAAACAACUUAAACUACGUCGUUUCGAAGGUCCGAGAAUCCAGCCUGAAGCUCCUAUUAGGAUCCAUUUGGCUCUCGAACCACGAAGCAAAGGUAGAACAGUACAUGGAAAAUUACAAGAGAAUGGGCUGGAGCAAGGUGCUGGCGUCACUGCCGGAGAAUUUAACGGUCGAGAUUUCUCCGGCAGAAGUGAACCAGUGCUUCUGUAAAUUCAAUUCAGGUUUCGAAGAGGCGUACCGAAAACAGAAUUCAUGGGUCAUACCCGACCCGAAACUUCGUGACGAAGUCAAAAUAUCACUGGCGAAGAAGAUUGUUACAGCUUAUCGAGCAUUUUACGAGAAGAACUGGGAAACUGUUUCAAGGAGUGGGAGCGGAGGCGAAGUGGAGUCAAUUGUCAGAUUUGUCCCUGAUGAUUUGCAAAAUUACUUAUCCGAUUUAUUUUAUGGAACUGGUUUUUCAGAAAAUAGCAGUACGUCGCACGGGUCAUCUUCGCGGUCAACUUCAACGUUCUCAUCUCCAUUACGUUGAUAAAUCCUACUCUUGCUAAGGCAUUUAAAGUGAGGUUGAUGUUAUUGAGUGCAGACUAAGCAUUUCUUGUAAAUGAAAAAAGAUUGUAGAUAAUAGAUUAUACAUACUCCAUAGUUUGAAAGCAAUGAUAAUUAUGCUUGUUUCCACCAAAUGAGUAUUAUAAAUGUUCUUUUAGUUAUAUGAUCAAUUUCACAAGAAAUUUUUAUGUCCA